AUGAGCCGCAGUAUGAAUGCUUCUUUCGCCGUCAAAACUUUUGAAGAGGUCCCCCAUGUUGACAUUGGCAACAUAUUCAGCGACGAUUAUGAGCACCGCUUGCAAGCAGCGAAAGAGGUUGCAGAUGUUUGCAAAACCGUUGGCUUCAUGUACAUCAAGAACCACGGUAUCUCGCAAGACUUGAUCGACGAGCUCUUUGAGCUUUCGCGCAGAUAUCAUGCACAGCCGCUGGAGGUGAAGAAGGAGCAGGACGUGUACAAGUCUCCCACCCUCCGAGGGUAUGAGAUUCACUACACCAAAACGCCGGACGGCGAGGCAGUCAAGAAAGGUUCCUUCCUGUACAGUUACGACCCCGACAACGAUCCACAACGGCCACAUCUGAGUCCUGAGAAGCGCGAGCUUUGUAUUGGCAUACAUAACCAAUGGCCAGACCACUGGCCAGAGUUCCGGACCACGCUAUUGAGAUAUCAGGCCGAACUUCUGAAAUUGUCUCGCGCUCUGCUUCGGACAUUCGCUCUAGGCCUGGGGGCCGAGGAGAGUUAUUUCGAUCCCAUGGUCACUGCGCCAUUCGUGUCAAUCAUCUUGCAGCAUUAUGCACCUCGAGCGCCCGGCGCAGAAGAUCUGGACGGCCUGGGCGCACAUAGUGAUUUCGAAACCUUCACAAUCCUCAACCAAGACAUGACAGGAGGCCUAGACAUCCUCAACAAGAACGGCAUGUACGUCCCUGCGAAGCCUAUUCGUGGGCCAUUUGUCGUCAACGUCGGCGACUUCUUGCAAAGAAUCUCCAAUGACAAAUUUGUAUCCACUGUUCACCGCGUCCGUAAUACGUCGGGACUGGAUCGGUAUUCGAUUCCAUUUUUCUUCAGCUUCAACAUGGACGUUGCAGUUCCGGUCAUGCCGGCCUGUACAUCGGAAGACAAUCCUGCCAAGUACGAGCCCAGGGACCUUCACGAGUACACCGCCGAGAGACGCAGGCUCAAGAAACAGACGCACGAUCAAGGAGUCCACGAUGCGCUGGGGUAA